UCACCACCGCCACUUGAGGUUAAUGGUUUGCUGCGCUACUCUAUUGUUCGAGUGACAGAAAGACAUACUCGCCGAAGCUGGACAUUCUUUGCUGUUGAUAAUGACAUUCACAUAAGAUCUCUUCAUCCUUACUAUACUACUAUGAUUGUGUUGUCGCUGCUCACACGAUAGACACCGGGCCUUUUAGUCAGUCAGUUUCUGUACAAACUGAUCAGGCUGCUCCUACUGCUCCUCCUGAACAGUUGUCCACAAUAAUAUCUUCUAGGUCUCUCACUCUUAUGUGGAGUCCUCCACCAUUUGAGGAAACGAACGGUGUCAUUCAGUACUAUUUUCUUUCCAUUACCGAGUUUGAAAGUGGGCAGGUGUUCACUAUGACAUCACUGUCUGUUGUGGCUGUGAUAAAUGAUCUCCAUCCAUACUACACGUACGAGUGUACUGUUGCUGCUUACACGGUGGGACUUGGACCAUAUAGUAGUUCUGUUACUAUACUACUAAACGAGGAAGCUCCAAGUCAGGCCCCUACCAAUGUGAUUGGAUUAGCAAAUUCCUCAGAAGUAAUUUCUAUUUCCUGGAAUCCCCCUCCUUUUGAACACCAAAAUGGAAUGAUACACAGCUAUAAAUUGAAUGUCACCGAAGUUGAAACAGGAAUCGUUACAAUGCACACUACGUUUACUACGGCAACCACAUUGUUCUCUCUUCAUCCAUACUAUACGUACGAAAUAAGGGUAUCUGCAGUUACUGUUGCAACAGGGCCUUAUUCUCAAUCGAUUUCUAUUCGAACUAAUCCUGAUGUUCCUAGCUCUCCUGUUCAAAACCCAAUAAUAUCUGGACACACGUCUAACUCUGUUUCUCUCACAUGGAGUGCACCCGCACCCGAGGACCGUAAUGGGCCUAUUAUUGAAUACAAGAUUACUGUCACUGUUAUUAGCACUGGACAAACUUAUGUACUAACUUCAUCUACAACGAAUCUUGAAGUCACCUCCUUACGGCCAUUUACUGACUACAUCUUCAGAAUUGCAGCAGUAACUGCAGUGGGAAUUGGGCCAUACAGCACAACACUUAGCAUCACUACUUUGUCUGCAGCCCCGGAAAGUCCACCAGAAGAUGUGGUUUUGUCCUCUGUAAGCUCUACAUCUAUCUUGGUGUCAUGGUCUCCUCCACCGGCUGAGUUGCAAAAUGGAGUGAUUACACAGUACAGAAUAUACGUGACUGAGGUCGAUACAGGCAACCAGUUGAUGUAUAGCACGAUGACAACAUCGAUAGCAAUUCAAUUGCUGCAUCCUUUCUACACCUAUGAGUGUGUUGUAAGUACCUAUACAGUUGCUGAAGGUCCGUACUCGGCAGUGCUCAAUAUGACAACACCACAAGAUGUUCCAGAUGGAUAUCCACAGAACUUUACUGCAGUGGCCACGACAUCUAGAUCUGCUGUGCUCAUUUGGGAUCCACCUUCUAAAGAAGUCCAAAAUGGCAUUAUAGUGAACUACACCAUUGACAUCAGUGUAGCUGGGAGCUCACAGACCUUUCAAGUGUACUCGACUACAACUGGCAUGACACUGUCAACUUUGCAGCCAUACCGUACGUACUUCUGCAUCGUAAGUGCAUUGACUGUGGUGGGUCGAGGACCACCAAGCACUGUGCUUACACUGUCUACACCAGAAGAUGCUCCGAAUGGUUCUCCAAAUAUCGAAAACUUUUAUGCUCAAGACUCUACUACUAUCGUUUUUUCAUGGAGUCCGCCAGAUGAAGAAGUACAGAAUGGUGUCAUCAGAGAAUACAGAAUCCAAUUGGAGGAGAUAGACACUGGGAAUACCUCUUUGUAUAUAUCUCUGUCCACUUCAAUUGAGAUUUCAUCGCUCCAUCCAGACAGCACAUAUGAACUGAGCGUUGCAGCUUUCACUAUUGCAAUAGGACCAUACAGUGUGAUAGUGAACGUCACCACUUUGGAAGAUGUUCCAAGUGGACCACCACAAAACAUUAACUCUGCCUCAAUAACGUCUACAAGCAUCCUUCUCACUUGGGAACUCCCAUUGCAAGAAGAUCAGAAUGGAGAAAUAACUAGCUACUCUGUUUCCUUUACCUCACUUGAUUCCAGUGAUACAAGUGUAGUUACUGUAUAUGAUUCGGAAGAAUUGGAGCUAACAGAACUUAGACCAUUCACCACCUACACGAUUGUGAUUGCUGCUGAGACGACUAUUGGAAUUGGUCCUUACAGUAAAGUAUUUCAUGUGCAGACGUUGGAAGAUGCUCCAACUCGCCCAGCAAACUUGAAUGGGAGGUCAAUAAACGCGACUCACAUUUUCCUUCAGUGGGACCCCCCUCCAGAAAAUGCAACAAAUGGGAUUAUUCGCGAGUAUAGAAUUAACAUUACGGAGAGAUUGACGGGAAUUGUAACACAGUACACUACUGAUCCUGAUAUUCGAGAGCUCAUUGUUGGUUCUUUGCAUCCCUUUUACACUUAUCAAUGCGUCAUAGUUGCACACACAAUUGAACCUGGUCCUUUUACUGAAGCUAUUGUCGUACAAACCGAUGAAGCAGCUCCCUCUGGACCUCCAAGAAACAUCAGUCUUAGUGUGCAAAAUUCCCAAUCUAUAUACAUCUCUUGGGAUCCUCCAUCUCCUAGUCUACAAAACGGAAUUCUUCGACAAUACUCUGUGACUCUGACCUCUAGUUUUAGUGAUGAUACGCACACUAUUUCAUCUUCUAGUACAUUCUUUGUUAUAACAGGCUUGAGGCCGUACACCAACUACACAUGCUCUGUCAGGGCAAUUACAAUAGACCUUGGUCCAGCAAUUACUGCUCAAGUCCAAACGCCUGAAGAUGUGCCAACUGGAGCCCCACUGUUUGUAUCGUCUCAAGCACUCAGUCCAUCAGUACUGUUUAUUCAAUGGGAGCCUCCAAAUAUAGAGCAACAAAACGGUGUAAUCAGAAGAUAUGUCAUCAAUAUAACAGAAAUUGAGACCACAAGUAGCAAGAUGUUCUAUUCCAAUGAAACGAACAUUACGCUGGACUCCCGCCAUCCUUUCUAUCAGUACAGUUAUUCAGUGUCUGCAGUGACCUUUCGACCUGGUCCGUUCUCAUCCAUUGAUGUUAUACAAAUGCCAGAAGCAGCACCUCUGCAACCUCCCACUGGCAUGUCUGUAUUCAAUGUAACCUCUACCUCCUUUCAAAUCGUAUGGAAUAAUCCACCACCUGAGGCACACAAUGGCGUGAUAAGAAAUUACCAAGUUACUUUAACAAAUGAAAACACUGGCAUCUUUUCCCUGAUUUCAACCCAGAGGACAAGCCUACUAUUUGAUAAUUUGAGUCCAAAUACAGUGUAUUCUUAUCAGUUGAGAGCUAUUACCGUGAGUCCUGGUCCAUUGUCUGCUAUUGAGACUGUGAAUACUUUAGAAGAUGUACCAAGCGAUGUUCCUCAGAAUUUCACCGUUCAGAUAAUAUCUUCCACUACAAUUCUACUAAGCUGGCUUCCACCUCCACCUGAGAGCAGAAAUGGACAGAUUUUAGGGUUCAUAGUUACUAUCACUCAAGAUGGAAAUGGACCCACUAUGACUAUUCCUGUUGAAAACAACGAGCACGAAGUGCUAGUUAACAAUUUGCUUCAGUUUAAAACAUACACAUGCUCGAUAUUGGCGUUCACAGCUAUUGGUAAUGGACCUACCAGUCAGACAGUGACGUUAACUACUUUGGAAGAUGCACCAAGUGGCGCUCCGAGCUUUCCAACGGUUGUGGGCUUGACUUCUACCAGUGUAUCACUUAACUGGUUACCACCAAAUGACGCACUUCACAACGGAGUUAUUAGACACUACUUGAUUUAUCUCCAGGAAACAAACACUGGAGCAAAUUUUUCUGUUCAGACAUUAUCCGACACCAGAUUCACUGUUGGUGAUCUUCAUCCGUACUAUACAUACGUGAUCUUUGUACAAGCAGUGACUGUAUUACCUGGCCCUUUGUCAUCACCUACAACUAUUUUAACAUUACAAGAUGUUCCUGCUGGUGCACCGAUAAACAUUGAAGCAAUCCCAAUGGACUCAAGAAACUUGCAGAUUCAAUGGAAUCAACCACCUCCUGAAACGCACAAUGGCAUUAUAGUGGAUUAUACUGUCAAUAUUUCAGAAAUCGAAACAGGAACUAUAUUACAGUUUUUUUCCGGUGGCAUAACAACUGUAUCUAUUCCAGGAUUGCACCCGUUUUAUUCAUACACGUAUGUUGUCGCUGCAUUAACAGAAAUAGGACAGGGUCCUCACAGUACUUCCAGCACAAUACGAAUGCCUGAAGAUGUUCCUUCCUCUUAUCCCCUUGCACUCAUUGGAGAGACUGUGAAUUCCAGUGCUAUACUGCUUAGCUGGCAACAUCCAGAGUCACAAGGACGAAAUGGAAUCAUCAUCUCUUAUGCUGUGAUGCUCAGAGAUUUGUCAACAAGCCAAGUAUUGGAGUACUUUCGUGUUGGGACGCAUAUUGAUAUCUUAAUAACAUCCCUUCACCCUUACUAUGAGUAUGAAUGCACAGUUGCAGCUGCUACAGCUCUGGGAAGAGGACCCUUUGCUCCAGUGGUAACAAUCCGAACGGAAGAAGACGCCCCGUCUGGUCCACCCCUCACUGUUGUUGCUACUGCAAUCAGUUCGAAUGCCAUUUACCUCACAUGGCAGCCACCCUCUGAAGAGGACGUGAAUGGGAUAAUCAGGAUGUACUUCAUUGUGGUAGUGGAUACAGUUACAGGAGAAACAUUGACGUUGAACACAACUGCUACAUUCAUAACAGUCAACAGUUUGCACCCGUUUUAUACCUAUACCUUGUCGGUAGCAGCGUUUACCACUGGCACAGGACCUUUAGCAGAAGUAUCUAUCACUCUUCCCGAAGAUGUUCCAACUGGAGUGCCUGUGAAUGUGGAUGCAGUGUCUGUAAGCUCCACUAGCAUAAGAAUUUCAUGGGAACCUCCACCACUCGAUCAGCAAAAUGGAAUAAUUGUCGCGUACUUCGUAUCUGUCACAGAGAUAGAAACUGGUGUUGUGCACACCUUCAAUACUGAUGUUACUGACAAUUUACUUAUCGUCAAUUCUCUUCACCCUUUCUAUAAUUAUAACUGCUCAGUGGCCACUUUCACAAUUGGUCUUGGACCAGCAAUUUUUGUAGCUGUUCAAGCACUGCCAGAAGAACCUAGUGACGUCCCACAAAACGUCACAAUUUCUGCUUUGAGUCCUACUAGUGCUCUUGUGUCUUGGUUCCCACCACCAAUGGAACAUCAAAAUGGAAUCAUCAUUGGCUUUAUUGUCCGUGUGUCUGGUGUGAAUACUGAAGAAGUGAUAGAACGGACUGUGACCCAGCUUAGCAAUGAAGUUUCUGGGCUACAUCCGUUUUAUUCGUACAGAUUCUCUGUUGCUGCAGAAACUAUUGCUCCUGGGCCAUUCAGUAAUCCAAUUACAUUGCAACUACCAGAGUCAGCUCCGUCAGCCGCUGUUGAAAAUCUCACCCUGACAAAUGCACUAGCUACUUCGGUUACUAUAGGAUGGUACCCUGCAAGCCCUUACCAUUGGAAUGGCAUACUUGUACAGUAUGUUAUUGAAUACCAACUUAUCAGAUCUAUUGAUUCGAGCUCAGAAGUUGUCGAGCCAGUUCUAAGCCAGUCUAUCCCAUCAAUUGGGCAGCCAUUGGCUAACGAACAAAACCCAAUCAGAGUCAAUUCUCCCCUGCUUAUGGAGACGGCACAACUUGAUGGACUUGAGGAAUAUUUCGUCUAUUCAAUAUCAAUAUACUUUGAAACAAGUGCUGGAAGAAGCCUCAGCAGUUCGUCCAUCAUGAUUGAAACGUUACCAUCAGCUCCAAGUGGUCCUCCUACUUUGGUAAAGGCAGUGGCGUCCUCUACAUCAGUGAGAAUUGAGUGGAUGCCUCCUGAUGCAAGGAGUAGAAAUGGUGUAAUAGCAGGCUACACUGUCGACUUGACAAAUCUUGAAACUAUGGAACAGCUAACAUACAAUGUUGAUAUGUUGAUUUUUCAAGUUGAAGGCCUACCAAGUUUCACGGACUUUAAUGUUCGAGUAUCAGCCCGAACUGAUAGUGGGCAAGGGCCCCAUUCUGACCUAGUGUAUGUCAAGACCUCAGAGAAUGUACCUGGUGCCCCAUCAAGUGUGGAAAUAAAAGUUGAGAAUAGCACGGCAGUAUCGAUCACCUGGAUGAAACCUGAGAAACCAAAUGGAUAUAUUUUGAAGUAUCAAGUCGUUUACUACGGUUUCAAACCGAAUGUUAAGGUGUCAUCUGAAAUUAGUGUCAUUGAUGGUCCACACACAGUUACAUUGAAAAAUGAAACGAAUACAUCUGUGGUAAUAAGUGGAUUGCAGUCAGGACUAACGUACGAGUUUCUGGUACGUGCCCGCACGAGUGUUGGAUAUGGAGCUUAUUCUACUGCAGCUCGUGCAGAAAUUUUCCCCGCAGUUACGGCAACCACUUCAUCAAACACAACGAUUAUUGUUGUUGCUGUACUCGGUUGGGUUUUCCUUGUCAUCAUUGUGAUUGUGAUUAUUACCGUUUACAUUCGUAGUAAGUCUCAUUCUGGAAAGUUUAACGUGUGGAGCGAUACAAGGCCAAAUGGAAUGGAAUUUUCUAAUGUACAAGCUACUGGUAUUGUCGAGUGGACUGGUGAUAGGGUGGAUGAUCCUGAGGAGGUUAAAGAGGAUGAACUAGAUGAUGUCUAUCCAGAAAAACAUGACUGACUGACUGCUGAUGCAUUCAGCAGCCUAUACCGUAACGUUACUGUUUUUGUAGCGAUUUAAUAGUUAGUAAUAGAUCUACAGUUUACUGUGUUACUGUUUUAAUUACUUUUUACGUAUUUAUACUUACCCUCUUGAAUAUAGCUAGUACUAUAGUUUCUAU